AUGUCUAAUACACGAUUGGUGCUGCUUAUUUUAAGUAUCUUUGCUAGUACACUUAUACAAACCAUAUGCAAUGCUCAAUUUACUAAUAUUGAUGAAGACACUGGUUGUCCAUUGAAUGUCAAUCAUGAAUGUGAAAUAUGUGCUGUAGAUCAAAAUCGUUUAGGAUGUUAUUGUGAACUCACUAAUGGCGAUGUAAUUAUUACUGCUAAUAUAUUCACAAAAUGUCCAAUCGAAAAUCUGGAUCCUUGCAGUAAUCAUUCAUGUAAAAAUGGAGCUACAUGUGUUAGUGAAGGUUUGACUAAUUAUAAAUGCAAUUGUACUCAAGGUUUUGGCGGUCCAUUAUGUAAUGAAACAUUACCAAAGUGUUCUGAUCCAAAUAUACAGUGUUUAAAUGCUGAAUGUAUUGAAACAAAUGAUCCUGAUAUACCUGUUUAUUGUCAAUGUUAUGAUGGUACACGACGUGAUCCAAGACAGAAUGAUUCAUGUCCAUUAAGUCCAUGUUAUGAGAAAGAUACUGAAAAUCCAGUCUGUAAACAUAAUGCUACAUGUCGAAUUAUUAACAAUGGAUAUUUCUGUGAAUGUACAGGAGGUUAUGCAGGUCAAACUUGUAUAAAAACUCUUAAAAGACCACUCUGUGAAGAAUCACCAGGUGUUUGUGGUGAAGGAAAAUGUCAACAAUCACUGACACCACCAUUUUAUUCAUGUAAUUGUGGUAAUCAUCCAAGUACAUUUGGUAAAACAAUUACCGAAUUAACUAAAUGUGAAGAAAGUGGUUGUUAUGCAAUAAAUCCAUGUCAAAAUGGCGGAACAUGCAGUAAUAAAGGUGUAGGCGCUUUCAUUUGUCAAUGUUCUUCCCGUUUUACUGGUACUAAAUGUGAAAAAUUUUCUGCUUGUCAUACUAAUCCAUGUGUAAAUAAUGGCAUUUGUGAAGCAUUCAAUGAAACCGUAUAUUUCUGCAAAUGUCCACCAUAUUUUACUGGUCAACGAUGUGAAACUCCUGUACCUGAUCCAUGCCAAGGAAAAUCAUGUGGAGCUUUUGGUGAAUGUCGUGAUAUUCGAGGUACUGCAAUAUGUUACUGUAAUGAUGGAUUACAUCUUGAUGGUUCACCUUGUGAAGACCCAUGUCUUAAUAAAACUUGUGGUGUAGGUGUAUGUACAAAAAGUCCAAAUGCCACGUAUGAAGCUAUAUGUUCAUGUCCCAUAGAUCGUACAGGAGAAUCAUGUGAAAAACCGCGAGAUGUAUGUCGAGAAGCUCCUCGUUGUGGUGGUGGAUAUUGUAAACCGAAUUAUCAGUCUGUUCGUGGUUAUGUAUGUGUAUGUGAAGGAGGUUCGGUUAGAAAUGAACCAUGUCCAUUUUCAUCAACUUGUCCAAUCAAAGAUUGUGGAACAGAAGGUAUUUGUGUAGAAACUGAUGGUAUUGUAACAACUCCUGGUGGCAGACCAAUCUUUUACGUUUGUCAAUGUAAGAAGGGAUAUAUUAGUUCGGGCGAUUGUACUGGAUUGCUCGCUACAGAUGUUCCAGCUGCUAUACCUAGAUGUGGACCUAAUGGCAUACCAUAUCCAAGUCGUAAUCCAAAUAAUCCAAUCGGAUGUUGGUGUAAUAAUGGUACACAUAUUGAAGAAAUUGAUGUAAAUGGUCCAUCAUCAUACUGUCCUUAA